CCCCGAUAAAGGACACACUAAACCCAACAUUUAUUGUAUACAAGGACAGAGAGACGUAUAUUUAAAGUGUUACUCUUAUUUCACAAUCAUUCUUUGAGACAGUGACGACGAUGUUUAAAGCCGUACUUGUCGUUGCCCUUCUUGGGGUGGCUUUCGCUGCCAGGGAGCAGAAACUUUCACAGAAGUUGGUGAGCAAGCUGAAUGACCAAAUCACGUACGAGCUGAGAGCAAGCUACUUCUACCAGGCAUAUGCCCACUACUUUGAGCGGUCAGAUGUCGCCCUGCCAGGGUUUUCCAAGUGGUUCGAGAGCGCUUCCGAGGAGGAGCGCAAGCACGCCACCAUGUUGAUGGAGUACAUCAACAAGAGAGGAGGAGAUGUCAGCCUGAACGCACUUCAUUAUUCAACCCUCUGUGACGAUAUCUUCCAGUUCAACGAGUACAGCGACAGGAAAUAUGCAUGUAUCUGUCACUUUAUGUCAGGCAAGGGAAUGAACACUUCCGUCGAGUCAUCCUGCAAGAAUCGCGACAGUUGGCAGAACGGUCUAUGGUCCAUGCAAGACACGCUUGCUUUGGAGAGAAUGGUGAACGAUCGUCUCCUUGAUCUGCACUCGCUAGCUGAUGAGGACCCUCAUCUUACACACGUGCUCGAGCACCAGUUCCUGGACGAACAGGUUGAAGCUAUCAAAGAUGUAAACGACAAAAUCACCAAGCUGACGAGGGUCGGAUCUGGACUCGGCGAAUACAUGUUCGACAAGGAACUAUAGAGUGCUACUCUGUAUAACCAUUGACUGCUCGUGUUUUGUUUACAAAUAUUGAUAGAGAUUACUGUGUGGUAUUUUCAUUGUGCACCAGAAUGUUUUCAGGAAAAAAAGAAGAUUUCUGUUGUUAUUGUUAAAAGAACAACAACAAAAUAAACCAAUUUGAAAAUUUGAAAAGAACGUUUACUUGUUGUUUUAAUAAAAGAUGUUUAUAAAAGGA